AUGUCCAGACAAGACGAAAAUUCCGCUUUAUUGGCAGACAAUGCGAACAACCAUCUAUCGUAUACGGGAAAUCAGAAUGGAUGCCAAGAUAAUUUCAAGCUUUCAAAAAGUCAGCUUUCCGAUCUUCAUAAUCCCAAAUCAAUAGGAUCGUUUAUAAAAUUAUUCGGCAAUGGGACCGACAACUUUUUCAAGUACUUAAAAACAGAUAAAAGUGCAGGUAUUUCUCUUCCAGGAAAAACUGACUAUCGCAAGACAAGCCGCUAUAAGCACUACGGUGAUAAUUCUCUUCCUGAAAGAAUACCUAAGUCGUUUUUGCAGUUAGUACGGGCUGCCUUCAAUGAUAAAACAAUGCAGCUAUUGACAGUGGCCGCCAUUGUUUCCUUUGUUUUGGGUCUAUAUGAAUUAUGGGUACAACCUCCGCAGUAUGAUCCCGAAGGUAACAAAAUCAACCAAGUUGACUGGAUAGAGGGUGUUGCUAUCAUGAUAGCUGUCUUUGUAGUAGUCUUAGUGAGUGCCGCCAACGAUUACCAAAAGGAAUUACAAUUUGCGAAGCUGAAUAAGAAAAAGGAAGACCGUAAGAUUAUAGUCAUAAGAAAUGAUCAGGAAAUACUGGUUUCUAUUCACCAUGUUUUGGUUGGUGAUAUCAUUUCAUUGCAAACCGGUGAUGUUGUCCCCGCUGAUUGCGUUAUGAUAUCAGGCAAAUGCGAAGCAGAUGAAUCCUCCAUCACUGGUGAGUCUAACACAAUACAUAAAUUUCCAAUUGCAAACUCAUUGAAAGAUUUCACAAAAUACAAUUCCGGUGACAGUCACUCACAAAAAAAACCAUUGGAUAUAGGUGACGUUUCCGAAGACGAUAACAAAGUUGCCGAUUGUAUGCUAAUCUCUGGUUCGAGAAUUCUAUCUGGCUUGGGCAGAGGUAUCGUCACUUCUGUGGGUAUAAACUCAGUUUAUGGACAAACAAUGACUUCACUGAAUGCGGAACCUGAAAGUACACCAUUACAAUUACAUUUGAGUCAAUUGGCUGAUAAUAUUUCUGUUUACGGUUGUGUGGCUGCUAUAAUCCUUUUCUUGGUCCUUUUCAUCAGAUACUUGUUUUAUAUAAUCCCUGAGAAAGGCAGAUUUCACGAUUUAGAUCCUGCUCAAAAGGGUUCUAAAUUCAUGAAUAUUUUCAUCACUUCCAUCACAGUUAUUGUGGUGGCUGUUCCAGAAGGUUUGCCAUUAGCAGUUACUUUAGCUCUAGCAUUCGCGACAACAAGAAUGACUCAAGAUGGUAACUUGGUGAGAGUUUUAAGAAGCUGUGAAACUAUGGGAUCUGCUACCGCAGUAUGUUCCGAUAAAACUGGUACUUUGACGGAGAAUGUCAUGAACGUCGUCCGUGGCUUCUUGGGCAAUUCUAAAUUCGAUGAUAAUAAGGGUUUACCUGUAAGCGAACAAAAAAGGCUGAAUUCCAGAAAAGUGUUCGAGGAAAAGUGUUCGCCAUCUUUGAGGACUGAUUUAUUAGCUAAUAUUGUUUUGAAUUCAACGGCCUUUGAAAACAGGGAUUUCAAGAGGAAAAAUGAAGAUAGAAGCAGCGUCAACAAAAAGUCCCCGGAAAGGUCCAGUUUUUACGCCAGGUGUAAAUCUAAAAUGUCCUUCCUUAAAAGGAGCAAGAAGCAUGAUGACGGAGAUCAGUUAUUUGAAAGUGUCAACGAGGGAAAACAAGAACCGUUUAUCGGCUCCAAAACCGAAACAGCUUUACUCAUUAUGGCGAGAUUGUCUUUAGGUUUGCAAGUUGGAGAAUUGCAAAAUUGGAGAGACCAACCGGCGGAAAAGUUCGGUAUCGAAAAAAUUGUCCAGACUAUUCCAUUUGAAAGUUCACGCAAGUGGGCUGGCUUAGUCGUGAAGUACAAAGACAGUGAAGGUAAAAAGCCAUUUUAUAGAUUAUUUGUUAAAGGUGCCGCGGAAAUUGUUUUCAAAAAAUGUUCAUACAAGAGAAACUCAGAUGACUCUUUGAAAGAAAUCGACGUAGAAGCCAAAAAACAAAUUGACGGUGAAAUCAAAAAUCUGGCGUCCGAUGCUCUCAGGGCGAUUAGCGUUGCCCAUAGAGAUUUCUACGAACUUGAAAACUGGCCUCCUGAGCAAUUGCGUGAUAAAGACUCAUCGAACCUGGCUGCACCGGAUCUACUAUUUACCAACCAAGACAUCGAAAAGGGUUUGAUUCUGGAUGGCAUACUCGGUAUUCAAGACCCCUUACGUGCAGGUGUCAAGGAAUCUGUUCAUCAAUGUCAACGGGCUGGUGUAACUGUACGUAUGGUUACCGGUGAUAAUAUAUUAACAGCAAAGGCCAUUGCGAGAAACUGUGGCAUUCUUUCCACCGACGUGACGUCUGAAGCUUAUUCUGCCAUGGAAGGCACUGAAUUCAGAAAGUUGACUAAAAAUGAACGUAUAAGAAUUCUGCCAAAUUUAAGAGUCUUGGCAAGGUCGUCACCAGAGGAUAAGAGGUUAUUGGUAGAAACAUUGAAAGGGAUGGGAGACGUUGUUGCAGUUACUGGCGAUGGUACAAAUGAUGCACCUGCUUUGAAACUAGCCGAUGUGGGAUUCUCAAUGGGUAUUUCCGGUACAGAAGUCGCUAGAGAGGCCUCUGAUAUUAUUUUGAUGACUGAUGAUUUUUCUGCCAUCGUUAAUGCUAUCAAAUGGGGCAGGUGUGUUUCUGUUUCCAUAAAAAAGUUUAUACAAUUUCAAUUGAUUGUUAAUAUCACUGCGGUGAUUUUAACUUUUGUUUCUUCUGUCGCAUCCAGCGAUGAAACAUCAGUAUUGACGGCGGUGCAACUAUUAUGGAUCAAUCUUAUUAUGGAUACUUUAGCAGCCUUAGCUUUAGCUACAGAUAAACCUGAUCCAAAUAUCAUGGACAGAAAACCGAAAGGUCGCUUGACAUCUUUGAUUUCUGUUUCAACUUGGAAGAUGAUUCUAUCACAAGCUACAUUGCAACUAAUAGUUACUUUUAUUUUGCAUUUCUACGGUCCGAAUUUGUUUUUUGACAAGUAUGAAGAUGAAAUAACGAGUCAUCAACAGCAACAACUAAAUGCCAUGACGUUCAACACUUUUGUUUGGUUACAGUUCUUUACCAUGCUAGUAUCCAGAAAACUAGAUGAAGGUGAUGGCAUAUCAAACUGGAGAGAUAGAAUUUCAGCCGCCAAUUUAAACUUCUUCCAAGACUUGGGUAGAAACUAUUAUUUUUUAACAAUAAUGGCUAUUAUUGGGGGAUGUCAAGUUAUAAUAAUGUUUUUCGGUGGCGCGCCAUUUUCUAUUGCCAGACAGACCAAGUCAAUGUGGAUAACCGCUGUACUUUGCGGUAUGUUGUCUUUGGUUAUGGGAGUGCUAGUAAGAAUGUGCCCUGAUGAGGUAGCACUGAAGUUGUUUCCAGAUACUUUUGUUCAGAAAUUUAAAUACAUAUUUGGGCUUGAAUUUCUCAGGAGAAAACAUCUUGGAAAACAUGACGAUGAAGAAGCGCUGGUGGAUGAAGCCGAUACUCCAGAAUCCACCGCCUUUUACUGA